CGUGUUAAUGCGCCUGCAGUGCAGCUCGGCCGCGAGUUCGAUGCCUGGUUAGGUCCUGGUGGUCUUAGCGGCGGCCCGAUUCCAUGCGCAGAGCGAUCUAGCAUAGAGGCAAGUCAAGCCUUGCGCAUCUGUGCGAUUCCUGACUCGGACGAGGAGAGCAAUAAGAGCGACGAGUUGGAAGACGUCGAGAAGGUCGAUUUGGCAGUGGCAGCUAAGGACAAGCGCCAGCUGACUCUACCAGAGCUCGGAUGCUGCAGAACGAAAGACUACGUCGAACCUGCUCGUUGCGAUGAGGACCUAUUACCGUGA